AUGUUCAACCUCAAUAUGGAUGGGAGUUACAACGGUGCAGACUUCGGUUGGAUGACUAACAUGGUCGCGAUGAAUCCACCAUUCUUCCCACAUCCUGAUCCACUGCAAAAUGGUCAGGAAAGCGCUGUAACAACGCCAGACACAAUCUUCUCUUCGGAUCAUGCUCCUGCCUCCUUCCCAGGUAGCUAUGAUGGAACCAUUGACCCGGUUAUCCUGUCAUCCGCAAACGAAGUUCCGCAGAACGAUGAUAUGACCAUUCCGAUGAAUGCUGCCCAAGCGUUCAACAACACUGAGGAGGGUGGUGAGGAAAUUGGCUUCAACGACCUCCUGCCUCAAAUCCAGGAACAACAGCCGCAACCUCAAUAUCAAGCUCAGGGCAUCGACCUCCAUCAGGAAGGAAGUUACAACCAGCAGCCACCGACAUAUGCCCAAUCGUAUGCUCCAGGCUACAUUGACAGCUACCCUUCGCAACAGCAGCAACCCUGGUCUAUGCCAAUCCACGCCAACGGCUUCCCUCUGGCACAGCCGCAAUCCUGGUAUAUGCCAAACUACACCUACGACCCUCCACAACAGCAGGCACUAUCUUCGUAUACGCCAACCUUCCCCAGUGUCCCUCUGCAACAGCAGCAGGCGUUACCACCGUAUGCGCCACCCUUCCCCCAUAUUCCUCUGCAACAACAGCAGCCGCUACCCUUGUAUGCUCCAUCCUUCCCCAGUGCUCCUCUGCAACAGCAACAGGAACGACACCCAUGUAUGUCUCCUUACGCCAACCGCCGUCCGCAACAGCACCGAUCAGCCCCACAACCCCCUCCAUGGUACCAGUCGUCCCAUGCGUCGCCCACUCAGUUCAACAACAUUGUCGGCCAUAACAUCAUGUUGAACCAUGUCCCUUCAUUGUCAUCGUUGUCAUUGUUGUCAAGGGUGCCAUCGUUUUCGGUCCCGUACGAAAACCCCACCAGUCCUGAGAUCGGACAACAAAAUUAUCUGCAACAACCGCAAGAGGAAACUACAAGCGGACAGAAUGAAGCGGCGAAAGAAAGGGAGGAUUUUGUUUUCGAGGAUUUUGUUACCGAGGAUAUAAAGGAGGAAUAG